AGCUCAGCCAGCCACUCGGUGGGAGCCGGAUUGGAGUUGUCCGAGGGCACCGAGCCUCGUCGGGGUACCACUGCUCCGACAACCGCCAAAGCUUUUGGCGUCACAGCCAAAUCUCACCUUUCACUUGUCCAGUCGGCAAUCAAUCGCUGGCCGAGGGCCAGGGGUAAAGUCUACGAAAGUAUCGGUGAUCAGAUGAACAGCUCGUUUGACAAUGACCUGAGCUCGCGGUUAGUGCAUGUGGCAAAAUUGGGCAAAAUUAGGCGAAAUUGGGCAGAAGACGUGCAAAAUGCUGGCCAUCCAGGCUGGGGGCUGCCAGAAGCGAGGCAAGGUAGAUGCUUUUCAACUGAUAACGAAGACUGGCCAGUCUUCCAGCAACCAGUUGCAGCUUCUUUAAGUGGCAAUAAAUGGCAGAAAGGAGGUACUCAGUGGCCGUGUUGCCCGGCCAUAAAUUAUCUUAAAUGCUUCGCCCCUCUGGCAAGUAAGUCUGUUCUGCGGUCAAAUUAA